GAAAAGAAGUGAAAAUGGCGGAUUCAGAAAAGGUGAAGGAGUCGAUGGAAUCAGCAUCCAGCGAAAUUUCGAGAGAAUUCAGAACCCUGACUGAUUCGCGAGAUUUGGAUUCGAUCAAACAAGCGCAAAAUCUCAUAUUGGGGAGAUUGCAGGACAGCAAUGCAGUGCUGUCUCACUUCAACGAGUACUCGGAGAAUUGCUUCAUGGAAGUGCACGCUGAUUUUGCGAAGAACACGCGCCUCUUGCGGUCCAUGAAAUCGGACCUGGAUUACAUCUUUCAGAAGCUCAGGAGCCUUAAGAACAAGAUUGCUGGAACCUAUCCGGAUGCUUUUCCUGAUACCUCAGAAAUCGAAGCUCUCGAUCAAAGACCGGACCUGGAGUUGCCCAAGGACAGCUAGAAAUGAUUUCCCCCUCCUAUCUUCUUCUGCUCUAAAUCCACUUCACACUGUUGCUCUUAGAAUUCAUUAUUUCUUCAACUCUUGCCACUUUGUGUAUAAAUUGUGCUGUGGUAAUCCUUGAAAGAAUUAUUGUUAGCUGCUUCUUCA